AUGCUGCAGCCAUCCGUGGGGUGGUGGCACUGCGAACAACCGCCAACGGGCGAACCUACAAAAGGGCAGGCAAACACCCCGACAGACGCAAACAACCACAUGGAACCGCAGGGAACCGCAGGGAAAACGCCUUCAGAUCGGCUUCAGAUCGGAGGGCAGACUCUGCUGGGAUUCGGAGCCCAGUCUGGGACCAGUGUCACGCGUCGUCGUCCUCCUCCUCUUUCUCUCGCUUGGCCUGGAUUUCCAGCGCGUUUCGCACCGGCCAUGGAAGCCCUCAACGCCGGGCCAGUCGAGUUACACGUUCAUUCACCACCUGUUGGGGAGGACCAGUCACCGUCUGCUAUAUUUUCAUCAGUGAAUGGGGUUGUCUAG